AUGAAUGAACCAUCAUCUAUUAAAUUUGGUCUUGUGAUACACAAAUAUCAACCACCUCCAUCAAAAGAUUCCGUCAAUCCUAAUUUACAACCACCAAAAGAUACGCUUUUUACACCAGCAGAACUUGCAAAAUAUGAUGGUACAGAUGCAAGUCAACCAAUCUAUGUAGCUAUAAAAGGUACAAUUUUUGAUGUAACAACUAAAAGAGAAAGUUAUGGACCUGGUGGAAGUUAUCAUGUUUUUGCUGGUAAAGAUGCUUCAAAGGCACUUGGAAUGGGUUCAUUACAACCAGAAGAUGUAAUCGCAGAUUAUAGUAGUUUGGAUGAUAAACAAUUAAAAGUUCUUGAAGAUUGUAAAGAUGAUAAAGAAUUUAUGCUAGAAGUCUUAAAAGAAGAAUAA